CACAAAGAUAAAUAUUUACUUGCGUUCAUCGACGUGUAUUAAGGUGAAAGAAAGAGGAGAGAUAUAUGUUCUCGCGUGUUAGUGAGGUUAGUUUAGUUUUCGCGCGACAUAAGUGUGAUUGUGACUACUGUUGAGGUUAAUCCUCCGCUCACGAGGGAUCAUCCGUUUGAGGACCGCCACGAACUUAACGAAGUUACAUUACACGUUGGCAAGUUCUGGCAAACGAUAUCACGUGUAGAUCUGCAAGUGGUCGCGAACAUGAUUUUUUACUUCUUAAUGAAUGAAUGACUAUUCUCAGUUGCAACAUUUGUACCGACUGCCAUGACACCUAUAAUCCUAUUCGUAAACAUGCUGUUGUUAAUUGCUGUAUGUAAAAUAUUUUGUAUACUUGUCCUUUUGCCAAUUCUAUUGAUAAAAUGGAGAAAGUUUUAUUCAAAGAAGCGCGAGGAGAGACAACAGACUGGAACUGUUGUUGGUAUUUUUCAUCCAUACUGCAAUGCAGGUGGAGGAGGCGAGAGAGUACUUUGGGCCGCGGUUCAUGCUAUACAGACCAAAUAUCCUGACAUACACAUAGCUAUAUACACUGGCGAUCUUGAUGCAGACCCUGAAAAGAUUCUUAGCCAAACUGAAAAGACAUUUAACAUGAAAUUGCAACCAAAUAUCGAAUUCGUCUACUUGCAUGGGCGAAAAUGGGUGGAGGCUUCUACAUAUCCUUAUUUCACACUUCUGGGACAAAGCCUGGGAUCCGUCUAUUUGGGCAUCGAAGCGUUAAACAAUCUUACACCAGACAUAUACAUUGACACGAUGGGUUACGCGUUUACGUAUCCAUUGUUUAAAUACAUCGGCGGUUGCCUAGUCGGAUCGUAUACGCACUAUCCCACUAUUUCGACUGAUAUGUUGAAAUAUGUCUACAAGAGAGUUGUCGCGUACAACAAUCGAAGGAUCAUCGCCAGAAAUCCAUUACUUUCAGGAGGGAAAUUCCUUUAUUAUAAAUUAUUCGCAUAUUUAUACGGAUUGGUUGGUAGUUGCGCCGACAUCGUGAUUGUAAAUUCCUCGUGGACCGAAGAGCAUAUCAAUACUAUCUGGAAAUGUCCACUGAAGACGCAUCGAGUGUAUCCUCCAUGUAGUGUGGAGCAUCUGAUUGGAGUGCCACUUCUCAGCGAUGAGGAAAAGAAUAAAUGCAUACGCAUAAUUGCGAUCGCGCAAUUCAGGCCGGAGAAGAAUCAUCCACUCAUGUUGAGGGCGAUGUUCGAACUAAGAUCUAUUCUUAAAGAGGAAGUCUGGGAAAAGGUCAAGUUAGUCUGUAUUGGUUCCUGUCGAGAUGCCGAGGACGAAAGACGUGUUAAGGAUAUGCAAGAUUUGGCUAAACAUUUGGCUUUAGACAAAAACGUUGAGUUCAAGUUGAAUGUACCAUACUCGGAACUUGUAUCCGAGAUGCAAAAAGGAACGAUUGGUCUACAUACAAUGUGGAAUGAACAUUUUGGUAUUGGCAUCGUGGAGUGCAUGGCGGCGGGAUUAAUUAUGGUGGCCCAUUCUUCCGGUGGUCCGAGAGCAGACAUCAUAGAAACACGAAUGGGUAGUGUAAAUGGUUUUUUAGCAGAAGAUGAAAUGGAAUAUGCCAAAGUAAUAGCGUCCGUCGUACAAAUGCCUCCAAAGGUUCGAAAUGCUAUUAGAAUUGCAGCCAGGUCAUCUGUAAAUCGUUUCUCAUGUGAAGUCUUCGAGAAGGAAUUUCUACGGGCAAUCGAACCGUUUUUCAGAUCAAAACAAGAAUAG